CGCGUUCGAGCCCGACAACAAAAACUGCCAUCACGGUUUUAAUCGAUUGGCCGGGAGGAAUUUUGGUUUUGUAAAUUCUGUCAUAACAAUUCUGUAUACAUCACUACAUCAGUUACCGGUUCAUUUUGUUUUGUGGUUUUGUUUUCAGUUUUCCUGAGUCGAAUUUAUUUGGAAACCCUGUUUUGUUGACAGCUGUAGCGCGCCAUCCAGAGAUUCGAAGUUGUGAAGACACGGUACGUUGUUGAUGAUCGAUAAUCGAUAUUCUGCACAGGACUUGCCAGCUCGCCAUAUUCCUUCAUCGGGAAACUUCUCAAAGAAAAAUAUUGUUUUCGUCCUUGCGGGACCUUGCCUUUUGCUUCCAUUAGGCUGGUUUGAAACGGGAAUUCGGAAGCUUGACUAGUUCUGAUGGACGGCCCGACGAUGAAUCACGAAGAAAUCGUUGUUCAUACUGGAAAUGUGCUCCAUUCCGAGCAUUUGAAGAAACGCGUGAACCUUGGUCCACAGGAAGAGCUGAUCGACUGCUUACUGGAAGCGCUGAAAUCGUCUGCUCCUGUCCUUCAAGGAUCUUCUGCCGAGGGGCGUGCACUGCAUUGUGGAGAUGGUAGUGCGGAGCUUUUCAUUGAUGAAAAGCGAGAAGAUUUGAAGAUCACCGUGAAAAUCUUCCUAAUUGAAGUCACGCGGGAAGCCGUCAAGAAUGCGGUCAGCAGCAGCUUGAAAUAUUUGCAAGUGGAAAGUGUGGAUCUGUUGCUGGUGUCCGUUCCGUCUAAUAACUACACUGAUUUCCGUGAAGCAUGGUUGGCCUUGGAGGAAGUAGUGAAAUCCGGUGCCGCCGAAAGCAUCGGUGUUAGUGACUUCAGCCUGGCGGAAUUGGAGAAACUCUAUGGCGAAGCCAGCGUCAAGCCCUCUGUUAACCAAGUCAAUUUGGAAUCCUGUUGUGUAAUUCCACCGGAGCUGUCGGAGUUUGCCAAAAAACACCAGAUUCAGUUGUUGACUCACAAUGAUCCUAGAGUAAUGAUGGACUGCAGUGGGGUUUCUGACUUGUUGAAGUCUUCUACACCGUUCUUGAAAUGCGAUGAUUGGAAAGCUUCGUGGUUAGUGCGCUAUACUGCCAUGGUCAAAUUGCGCGGAGUAGUAAAGAGUCGAGGCUUUAUUUUUUGCAUUAGGCGCUGUUGAAUCUUAAAUUAUUGCGCCAGUGAUUACGAAUUAUUUAAUUUUAUAUGUAUUUUUGGUGUAUCAGUUAUUUAAUCGCUUUCAUUGAUGCUCUCUAGGUAUACAUUCUGUGCGCUAAAUUUUGACCAUAUGCAUUUAUGUUUUUGCGUAUCUGAAAGAAAACAUACUAUGUGGUUCCGGUUAUCGUUAAACAUAUUAUCGUUCGUUGCGGACUAACGUGCUGGAACUAACAGUUGCUUGAAUUAAGUGGAGAAUAAGUACGGUUGUAUUCGAGCAGCACAAUAUUAUUAUAUUUAAGGGCAAUUUUUUAAGCAGCAUCCUGACUACUGGUAAUCAAAAAAUUUUCGGUUCACGUGGAUCGGCAAUAAAAAAGACGGAUA